UGUUAACUUCGGCAUCAACCUUUCUAAAGGGUCGGAUAAACCUGUUGGAUAUCUCAGUAGUUUGAUUUUAUUGUCUUGUGUAUCUCCCCUGCUCCUACUUUCCAUUUCAAUUCGAUCACAAAUCAGGGAGAUAAUCCAGAUGUUUCAUUCAGGGGCUGCAUGACUCAUAUAGUCUUAUCUAUAAAGAAGCCAAGUGGUAGAGGAGCAGUGCUGCUGCAGGACCGAGCUGAUGUAACCCAUGAGAUUCACUAGAGGAUGCUGUGGGCCAGCGUUUCCCGUGUUCCCACAUGCCCGUGACUUUAUUCACACUGCUGACUGCUUAAUGCACUAAAAACAGAUGAUCCGGUGCUGUUUACAUCACAAGACCGCAGUGGAGUGAAAACCGGAGAGGUGAGGGGUGAUGGAAAUUCAAGCGGCGAAGAGGUUCCACAACUUGACCCUCGAGCAAAUCCAAGCUCUGGACGAGGUCUUGACUGAGGUAAUCCCCAUCCACGGGCGAGGAAACUUUCCCACGCUGCAGGUGAGAGCGAAAGAUAUCAUUCGUGUGGUGAAGGAUCGGCUGAUUGAAAGGGACAUCCAGGUUAAAGAUAUACGGCUAAAUGGCGCGACUGCCAGCCACGUCCUGGUGAGAGAUAACUGCAUGGGCUACAGAGACCUAGACAUCAUUUUUGGAGUGGAGCUGCCCAGGCAGGAAGACCUUCAGGUGAUUAAGGAGGUAGUUCUGAGCAGCCUAAGAGACCUCCUCCCUUGCGGGGUCAACAGACGGAAGAUCACCUGCAUGACCAUGAAGGAGGCCUACGUGCAGAAGAUGGUGAAAGUCUUCAAUGAGCAUGACAGAUGGAGCCUCAUCUCGCUUUCUAACAACAGAGCUAAAACCGUGGGCCUCCGAUUCAUCAGCUCCCUUCGAAGACAGUUUGAGUUCAGCGUGGACUCCUUCCAGAUAAUACUAGACCGCAUGCUGGAGUCUUACUGGGAGACCGAGCGGAAGCAGGGAGGAAAGCUGUCAGUGAAUGCUGGGGAUUUGUCUCAAAGAGACGGCGAGCAGGGAAAAAAAGUGCAAGCCAAACCGAGCACUUCUCAGGAUGCUGAAGCGUUUGUGGAAAAAGACUCCGGCGGCGAAGGUCCACUGUCGAUUGAAGUUGCUUCUGUGCUUGAGAAAAGUUGUCCACAUGCAAUAGCUGAGGAUGUGGGCGGAAAGCAAAGGGCACGAGAGCUGUUAGGAAACGAGACAAUCAACCUGCAGCAGGAGGAAGCGGAUGUCAAUGAGGGUGUUCGUUCAGAUGACGCCAUUGCGUUUGAGCCAAGUGAAGGCAACGGAGAUUACCCUGCAGUCUCAUCUCCUGGAGCUUUACUAACAGAUGUCAGGGAUCCGCUGAUCCCGCACGCAUGUUUGAAGCCACAGAGCAUUGAAGCGCUGUCCGCAUCACAGGCUUCCCAAACACCCAAAAAGGCCGCUCCACCGGAAAACCUGCAUUGUGCGGAGAUGAUUGUGCAGUUCAAAGUCGACUCAAUAAACUGCAGUGCUGAAACUACGCCGAGCUCCCAAGAUUCACAAUAUGAAUAUUCCUUUCCUCCGCCAGCAAAGAAAACUUGCAGCACAUCACAGGGCAUUGUGCCGGACUUUUGCCCUUCACCAAAAUUACAAAGGAAAAUGUCGAGGAAGCUGAUUGUUAAGCCUGAGAAAUGGUCUUUACUGACUGAUUUAUCAGAUCUCACAACACAGCUGUUUCCACCCAUAGAUAUACCCAAACCCCUUCAGCCUCCCUCCAUGGACAACGCUCAAGUUCGGGCCUCGAACGUCCCAGCCUCCGAGCCAGAGACCUUCGACGCCCUUUCAGCCGGCCCACUUCGGGACGGUGGUGUCUCCAAGGAAACCGCCGAACAAACCGUGAGGCCGAAACACUCGAAGAAGCCCCCUGACUCCCAAACGCAGAGCCGCGCACGUGCAGCGAGUGCUCCGACCAACGGGCCUCCGUCGGAGCGGGCCGACGCAGCCCCGGACGGGGGCGCGGCGAGCUCGUGGGCCGGCGGCGCCGCGGGGGGGCCCGCCAUCACCGUCGAAGCCGAGUGCAUGCACGGAGACUUCGAACAGGCGAUGGACCACCUCCGCCGCCGCCUCAUCGCCACGCACAACCCGGAGGAGAUCCGGGGCGGGGGCCUGCUGAAGUACAGCGACCUGCUGGUGAGGAACUUCAGACCGGCCAGCGAGACCGAGAUCAAGUCCCUGGAGCGCUACAUGUGCUCCCGCUUCUUCAUCGACUUCCCCGACGUGAGCGAGCAGCAGCGCAAGGUCGAGGCCUACCUGCGGUGCCACUUCGUCGGCAGCGAGGAGGCGAGCAAGUACGACUACCUGAUGACCCUGCGGCGCGUGAUCGACGAGAGCACGGUGUGCUUGAUGGGACACGAGCGGAGGCAGACGCUCAACAUGAUCACGGUGCUGGCUCUGAGGGUGCUGGGCGAGCAGAACGCCAUCCCCAACACGGCCAACGUCACCUGCUUCUAUCAGCCGGCGGCGUACGUGGCGGAGCCGAUCUACAGCAGCUACUUCAUCACGCAGGCCCAGCCCCCGCUCGUCUACCACCCGUACCCGCUGCACGUCCACAUGCAGGCCGGCCCGGGGUAGCCAUACGGCGACACGGCCCCAGGGAGGCAUGUGGGCUGCUCUGCGAUCAAAGGCACAAGUGGAAGUUUAAACAAAAAAACAACAAAAAAACAACAGGAGCGUUGUUGUUGGUUGCUUCGGAACC